UGGAGGCGCCUGGCGAUGGCGAUGGCGACGGCGGGGGGCAAGGGGGGCCUGCUGCCGCUGCUGGAGAACGCGAACCCGCUGGUGUUCCGGCGGCAGGGCGAGCGGGCCGUGACGCCGCGCGAGGAGGACGAGGCCCUGCCGGACCCCAUCGACCCCAGGGAAGUCUUCGACCUCAUCCGCGCCAUCUCGGACCCGGAGCACCCGCUGACCCUGGAGGAGCUCAACGUGGUCGAGGAGGCACGCGUCCAGGCCGACGAUGCCGACAGCACUGUCUCCGUGGCCUUCACGCCCACCAUCCCACACUGCAGCAUGGCCACCCUCAUCGGCCUGUCCAUCAAGGUCAAGCUCAUCCGCUCCCUGCCCGAAAGGUUCAAGGUGGACGUCCACAUCACGCAGGGGACACACGCCUCGGAGCACGCAGUAAACAAGCAACUGGCCGACAAGGAGCGGGUGGCGGCCGCCUUGGAGAACAGCCACUUGCUGGAGGUGGUCAACCAGUGCCUCUCCGGGCGGCCCUGAGGCGUCCAGCGGAGGAGGAGGAGGAGCCCCACUCACAGCUCAGCCUGGGCCUGCCUCAGAAGAUUGACAUUCUUUCACUCGUUCUUUGCUUUUGUACAGAAGACACGCCAUUAAAAUGUGUGCUUUGUGAGUCUG